AUGGCCGGUAUCGUUUUGCUGGCAGUUUUAUUCGGGGCGGCCUGUAAAAAAGACGUCAAUACAAACGAAUCGGGAAACAAAGAGCAGGAAACUCCGGCAACAGCAGUGAAUGCCGUAAAUAGUGAUCUCAAUCUGAACUGGGAAAACAGGACCAACGGUUCAACUUAUACCAAUUCACAAGCAGCUGCAGACUUUGGAAAUAUCUCAGGAUGGCAAGACUCAAGAGCAUUUGUCACGAAUGGAAAAGACGGCUCUAAUGGUUUAAGGGUUACUUUAUUGCCAAAUGCGCUAUCAGGAGCCGGAGGCUUGAUUGGAAAUGUGAAUUUAAGUCAGGGAACCGCUUACGAGGUAGACUACGAUGUGAAAUUUCACAGCAAUUUCAAUUUUAGCAGAGGUGGAAAGAUUGGUUUUGGCUUUGCCAUUGGUGAAGGAAAUACUGGUGGAGAUCCGGGAUGGGACGGAAAUGGCGGGACACUUCGGUUAAUGUGGUAUUCACCAAGUGCAGACAGAGUAUUUUUUCAGCCUUAUGUCUAUCAUAAAGAUCAGCCUACUAAAUUUGGGGAUACUUAUACUAAACGUUUCCCAGCAAGCGGAUCGCUUCAAAAAGGAGAGUGGUAUCAUGUUCAUAUGUAUGUGA